AUGCAUCGCUCUUCAAUUGUAAACUUCCCACGCCAAUUUUUCCGUCAAUACCCCUCAAUACAGCCGGCGGUUACCAGUCGUGUUGCCAAACCUUGUGAUGUGUUCAUUAACCAUCGAGGGAUCGACACCAAGCGCACGGUUGUUACUUUGCUUUAUGAUCACCUUUUCCGUUUAAACCUACACCCCUUCUUGGACAACAAGAACAUGAAGCCAGGAGACAAGUUGUUCGAUAAUAUAAACAGUGCAAUAAGGAAAUGUAAGGUUGGUGUGACUGUGUUUUCUCCUCGGUAUUGCGAGUCAUAUUUUUGCCUUCAUGAACUAGCUCUCAUUAUGGAGUCAAAGAAGAAGGUUAUUCCUAUCUUUUGUGACAUCAAGCCCUCACAACUUCGAGUUGUGGACGAUGGGAAAUGUCCCAUGGAGGAUAUCCGGAGGUUUCGCUGGGCACUUGAAGAGGCUAAGUAUACUGUAGGGCUCACGUUCGACUCCUUGAAAGGGAACUGGUCGGAGGUUGUAACAAGUGCGUCGGAUAUUGUCAUUGAAACCUUAGUUGAGAUCGAGAGUGAAAAGCAAAUGCAGCGCCAUAAAAGCACUCCAAUAUUGCGUGCCUAG